GUAUGUCAGCGCGUAUGACUAGUAGGUUCACCAGACGAACCAAUUGGAUCGUUUUGGGAAUCAAACCAAACUCCUUUAGGGUUGGCCACGUUGAGCGAGUUGUGGAUUCCCAUCUCCCCUCGUGUGCUGUCUUAGGCUGGCGGUGUCUCAAUACUACGCGGCACAAGACUAGUUGUAGGACUAGUGCAGUGGCCAUCGACGUAACCUGUCCCUUUCUUUCUCGUCAUUAACCCUCCACUCUGAAGCUUAUCCUAAACCUGAGUAUUGAAUCCGGACCCUUUUACCUCGUGCGAUACCCUUGCUGUUAACCUCUGCCUGUCUUCUCUGCUCAUUUACGACCUCAGCAUUCAGUAGCGAGAACCUCUUGUUCAAAACCUUGAACCUCCACCCCUUCUAGAAUCCAAGAAAUCCUAAAACUAUGUCUUCUCGCCAAAAGAAAUCAAAACAUGCCUCGAACGGCGUCCGACCUGCCAUCGACGGCGUCGACUCAACACCCACAAGUAGCAUCUCAGGUCUUCUACUUGCUGCUGCGGACUCUGUCAUAGAUAGAGACUCCAAUGGCGUGAAAGUGAACAAUGCGAAUGUAACGGAGUUGAAGAAUGCAUGCGACGAUGCUCUCAAGCGCUUCCUAUCACGACCAGAACUCUUCAACCAAAUAUACACCCAUACCGACGUCCGAUUAGCCCUAGGCUGGCUAUCUGUAUUCGUCGCAGGAGCGACGGGUCUUUACGGAUGGAAAGUGGAAUUUGAGAAGAGCAAGCCAGUGGUAUGGGCCGGCGUGAUUCUGUAUGUCGUGCUGACAACCGUACAAACGCUAUAUGCGUACUUCAUCGAGAGGGAUACCGUUUAUGUAGGGAAGCGAAAGACGUUUGAUAAACGCAUUGUCACCGAACGAAUAACUAUCGCCUCCUCGACCGCCCCACCUCCCUCAUUAUCCUCUUCCCCAUCACCCGCUCCUCCCUCCGCCAUCCCAUCACCGUCGACAACUUAUCCCCCUCCCCCAACUAACUGCCCGCAAUAUACGCUCACAAUCUCCUUCCUGCGCUCAACCUCCGGAGGGAAAUCCCUUCUCGGAAAAGGCAAAGCCAAAGUGCAAGCAGGAUACAAUGCGUUCUUUGACGAAAAGGGCGCCAUGGACGUGCAGAGGUUUGAGAGGUGGGUUGGGGAGUGUGUAGGAAGCGUCAUGGAUGGGAAGACUGAGUGAGGUUGUCCGGAAAGGAUGUUGGAUGUUUUCCGACGUAGGGAAUGUGAGCGAGGUCCUCCUUUGGGAGGUGUGCAGCGGAAGUCGUGGGGGGUUGGUAGCGAUACAUGAUUUCUCUAUGUACAGGUAUCCUUGCCGCGUGUCGUGUAUGAUUACGGUAUGGUCGUGGUUUCAACUACAGUAUGUCGAGGUUUCAGCUUUACUUCCCAAAAUUCUGCGGUUUUCUCUGUAUUCUGGUGUCCUACAUCCUGGUUUUGGGCUUAGUCUAUUCUAUUCUUAUGGCAUUUGUGUUGGAGAAUGAUUGAGUGAAGAUAGCG